CCCUCUCAAGAACCCUAAAAAUCUGAGAGAUGAUGCUAAAUCUCGCUUGCUCCUUCCGAUUCAAGAGCGUCACAGCAACGGCGGCAUUCUCCACGGACUCGCCAGCCCAUGUCCCGUGCGUUCUCACGAUUGCUGGCUCGGACUCCGGGGCUGGAGCGGGAAUUCAAGCCGAUAUCAAGGCCUGCGCUGCUCGUGGCGUCUAUUGCUGCUCCGCGAUCACGUCUGUCACCGCGCAGAACACGAUCGGCGUCCAGGGAAUAAGUACUCUACCAGCGGCAUUUGUGGAGCAGCAAAUAAACUCGGUGCUCGAUGAUAUUCACGUUGAUGUGGUGAAAACGGGAAUGCUGGCUUCUCCCGAGAUCAUCCAGAGUGUGUGCUCUAGGAUCAAACACUACUCGAUUGGAUCUUUGGUGGUGGAUCCUGUCAUGGUGUCAACGAGUGGGCAUGAGCUUUCAGGUCCUAGCAUUUUGGAUCGAUUGAGGAAAGCUCUGCUUCCUUUGGCGACUAUCGUCACACCAAAUAUGUCGGAAGCCUCGGUUCUAGCUGAUGGUAAACCUGUGAAUACUGUGCUUGACAUGAGAGAAGUUGCGGCAGAGAUUCACCGAAUGGGACCAAGGUAUGUUCUUGUCAAAGGGGGACAUCUGAAGAACUCGCACGAUCUUGUGGACGUUCUUUACGAUGGUUCUGGAUGGCACGAGUUGCGGGGAAGUCGCAUAAAAACACGGAGUACUCAUGGAACUGGAUGCACAUUGGCUGCCUCAAUAGCGGCUGAGCUCGCUAAAGGUUUAGACGUUCUUCCGGCUGUCAUGGCUGCGAAGGAGUACGUUGCAAAAGCUCUCGAGCAUAGCAGCAGCAUAAAAAUUGGUGGGGGAGCUCAGGGCCCAAUGAAUCAUUUUUUUCAGCUUGCUGACUGGGGAAAGCUCUCCUCUCGCCAAUGUCGCUUCGACCCCAGGAAGCUCUUCCUAUAUGCAGUUACAGAUUCUGGUAUGAACAAACGCUGGGACAGAUCGACACCUGCAGCAGUCGAACAAGCUAUACAAGGUGGUGCUACCAUAAUCCAGAUCAGAGAGAAAGAGGCUGAAACGUUGGAAUUCAUCGAAAUUGCCGAGGCUUCUCUUGCUAUUGGUCGAAAAUAUGGCGUGCCUGUACUGAUCAACGACCGUGUGGACGUGGCUGUCGCGUGCAAUGCAGACGGUGUUCAUCUCGGACAGACAGACAUGCCAGUCCGACUUGCACGCUCAAUUCUUGGUCCCGGCAAGAUCAUCGGCACGUCCUGCAAGACAGUCGAACAAGCAGUAAAAGCUUACGAAGAUGGUGCUGAUUACAUUGGCUGCGGAGGAGUCUAUCCAACGACCACGAAGAAGAAAAACAAAACUAUAGGCUUGGACGGCUUGCGUCUUCUCUGCGAAGCAAGCCCACUUCCGGUGGUGGCCAUUGGUGGUAUAUCAGCGGCAAACGUGGAAGAAGUCAUGAACUCACGUCCGGCGAUGCUACAUGGCGUGGCCGUCGUCUCAACGCUGUUUGAUCAGUCGGAUGUUGGCCAGGCUACGCGUGAUCUCCGUGCCAGCAUGACAGCAGCACUCUCAGAGUCCACAGCAGGAAAAGUCUUCUCUUAGACAGGCCGUCAGCGACACGCAUUAAGAUGGAGAUAGCGAAGAUAUGGAACAGGAGGGUGACUGCACGAAAAGAUCUCUAGAUCGGGCAAGUAUCUGUGCUCGCGGCACUCUAGAGAGAUUAAGUUGGUGGAGGUACCCCGUGCUCGCCUACAAUAAUCAUCUAGAUAUUCACGGGAUAGUGGGGGAUCGACCAAGUCUUUCGAGUUUUAAGUACUCCAUGGGGAACAGGGGAGGGACAGCUUAAAGAAUGCGGAGAAUUUGGUGAUUGUUGCUGCAUCAUGCAACUUGGGCAGGAUUUUAGCGCUAUAGAAAACUCAUGCCGGGGGAGACAA